AGGUGUACUUGAAGACUGCCAGUGGUCCGUCCCCGCCCCUUUCUGUUUGCUGCAGCGUGGUGUACAAGGCUCUGCCCACCAGUAACUAAAAGAAGGAAGAGGCUCAUAUUGCCUGUAAGACAGCGUGCCGGGUAAAAUUGCCCUCCGACAUUUCCUGGUUUUCCGUUUUAUGAUGAUGGCCUGCUAUGAAUCUGAAAAUGUGGCUUGGGCUAGGAUAAUUUCCCCAACAACUGUCCCUCGAAGUUUACUACGUUUCCUCCGCAGAGUACAACUCUUGUAAACACGUUCAUGGACAGUUUUUCGAGGUAUAGAAAAACCAAAUAAUCACGCAUGAACUUUUAUUUUUGCAUGCAAGCAAAAAGGGUGUUAGCUGUUCCCUCAAGCUGCGUUCAUUGUGUGUUAGCUGUUAUUAUUUCUGGAUGUCUAUCAGAAUGGAUAAAGUUGAUAUUCUGACUCGCAUCCUGAAGACAGAAAACACCUCAACGAUUCUCGGUGGUCAGUCUCCUGCCAGCGUCAUUAACAGCCGGAAGUACGUACCUGUCACCGUCGACGCUCAGGAUGAUAACCUGGGUUUCCUAGAUGACGCCAUCCGGACUGUUCUCUGUGGUGAGACCAGAACUGUUGUAGUGGUUGGUCCAGAAGGUUCUGGUAAAACCACCGCUUUGCUCAAGCUUGUUGUCGAUUGGGCUAAUGGAGAAUGCCUUCAAAACUUUUCUCAUGUUUUCAACUUCCAGUUUAGUAAAAUAGGAUCUUCUACAGAUGAACUUUCUUUGGAAACUUUGAUCCAACAAGGCCAGCUUCAAAUGCCCCCAAACUUCACACGUCUGGUUACAGAGGAGCCUGAUGGCGUGUUGUUUGUAUUUGAUGGUCUGGAUGAGUUUAAGCACAGCCUGGACCCCUCAUCCCACACCCUGACCUCUGACCCUUACCAUCUGGUCUCUGUGUCCUGCUUAUUGGCCAGUCUGCUUCACGGAUCCCUGCUGAAAGGAGCCGCCUUUCUUGUUGCAACCAGGCCCACAGAUGGCGUGAAGUUCCUCGGCGGGAUUCGGAUGGAUGUGUUGGGGUUUCAGAAACCGCAAAGAGAGGUUUACUUUAACAACUUCUUCCCUGACCCCACUGCAGCUAGUGAAGCAUUUCUGCACAUGGAAAGAACUCUGGGCAUUUAUGAUUUCUGUGCUUCUCCCAGGUUUUGUUGGACAGUCUGCUCUAUUUACAAGCGGCUUAUUGAUUCAUGUACCAAACUUUCUGAGACUUUGUCUCAGCUAUUUGUGGAUAUUUUGGUCCACUUGAUUCAGUCUCUCUCACUGAACAAAGAACGCAGCAGAGGGUUAGUGUUGGCUCUUGGCAGAAUGGCAUCUCACUGCCUCCACUACCAACAUUCAAGCUGUUCCAAACAUGCCAUUGAUUCCUUUGGUUUUGAACAGAGUCUUACCUCUGUGGAUGGUUUCUUGAGAGUUCACGGUGAAGGAGAGCUCUCCUUCCACUCCAAACUGAUGCAGGAGUUUGUCUUGGCCGUGGCUUUUUUUUUGGACCCGUCGACACACGGAGAUGCGGAGAAGAUGCUGGAUAAUCACAAAGGUUGUUCAAAGUUUCUAGAUUUCUUUAUGUCGGGGCUCUCUGAGCCGGUCCAGUACAGAUUGCUGGAAGACUUACUGGGAAAGUUUAGUUCUGAUCAGAUUAAAUGUUUUAAAAGCUGGUUUAAAAGCAGAUCAGAGAAAACACUGAAGAAAUACAACAAAUCUGAACACUACAGAUGUUUCCAUUUGCUGCAUCAAGCCCAGAACGAGAGUUUGGUAAAGGAAAUCCUCAACCCUCCUGCACACCCGUGCAUCUUUCAUGAAAACCUGAGCCUCCAGGACUGUGCAGCUCUGAAUUAUGUGAUCACAUGUCUGGGUGAAAGGGAAAAGUUGAGCAUGUCCAGAACAGCAAUAUUAAGAGAGAUGAUGGAGGUCUUGGCUCCGUCUGUGAGUUUGUCACAUACUGUGAUCUUGUCAAACUGCUCCAUUCAUAAAGACUCCAUCCCUCUGCUGGCUUCAGCUGUCAGCAUGGGCGUCACCACAGAGCUGGAGCUUUCCCAUUCCAACCUCGGAGAUGAAAAGUUGGACAUUCUCUGUGCGGGAUUAAGAGAGGCCAAGCUACAUGGACUAAAUCUUAAUGUCUGUGGUCUGACUGCGGCCUGUUGUGACAACCUGGCCUUCCUGCUAACCUCGGGAGCCUCCCAUCUCCAAAUUUUACAAAUGAUGUUUAAUCCAAUCGGCGAUCAGGGCUUCGCAAAGCUGUGCGAAGCAAUGCACAGUCCAAACUGCAGACUACAGGAGCUCCAGAUUCAAAGCUGUAAUUUGACUGCAGCGUCCAUGGAGGCUUUUGCAUCGGCUUUGUGUUCUGGUCAAUCGCAGUUGACAAAAAUUGACUUCAAGGAGAACAUGGCUGGUGACAGUGGAGUUGAAGCCUUAUGCAAAGCCCUCCGACAGCCACUUUGUAAACUGCAGAGCCUCGGACUGUUUGACAACGGUUUGACAGGUGCGUGCUGCUCCAGUUUGAAGGAGGUCUUCAUGUCUGAACACUGCUCUCUGUCAGAACUCGAUCUGUCAUUGAAUAGUUUGGGACAGGAGGGGGCGCUGCUGCUUUGCCAUGGCCUCAAAUCACCCAGUUGCCCCAUAGAAAUCCUGAACUUGACACGAUGCGACUUAACCACAGCAGUCUUUGAGGAACUGGGAUCAGUUCUUAAAAAUGGGACAUGUCAAAUCAAAUCUCUACUUUUAGCCAUCAACAAAGUGGGAGACCAAGGCGUUAAAUAUCUCUGGGAUGCUCUUGCACAUCCAAACUGCUUGUUGGAGGAACUGAGCGUGGAAAUGACCAAAUUGACAGAUGCCUGUGUUGAAGACCUGUGUGCUGCUCUCAGAGCUAGUCAUACCCUGAAACUCCUGGAGCUGAGAAACAACUCUCUCACUGACGCUGUUGUCCCUGCGAUUGUCCAAGUCAUGAAAGAAAAACAAAACAUGAAGGAGUUAAACCUGAAGUACAAUGACUUCAGCGAAGAUGCUCUUCAAAUGUUGGAUACAUGUCAUAACAUUAGAUACUGAGGAGAGGAUUACACCCAAAAACCUCAAGCGACACUCAGACACAAAUACCAUCCAUUUACAACACUGAGAAAGUAUCUGCCCCCUUACAGAGUUUUUUUGGGGGGUUUUUUCACACUUUUUUGUCCUGUAGACCCAAGAUUAUGCGGUUACGUAAGCAGGACCAGCACACUAUACGUUGAAGUACAUUCUAAAAGUAAAAAGCGUGUACUUAGGGGAUGUGUUGGUUUUGCUUUAUGCAAACUACUUCAGCAAAUGAUCCAUUUAAGUGUCACCUUUUAAAUGAAGAACAUUUAAUAACUUGAGGCAGAUGAAACUGCCAUUCAUUAAAGGAAAGAUCCAGCACUACAA